CGGGGCGGCCGCUGAGUGGCCCUCAGGCGCUGCUAUCGUCACAGAUAGGAAAGGCGGGGCCAGGGCCAGACUGGUCUGGGCCCCAGUCGAGGGCUGCAGGUGGUAGGCUGCGACCCCUUCCUCCCACAGCCCCUUCCCGCCCCUCGCCGGGCAUCCGCCGACAGGUACAUACCAAGAAAUUGAAUUGCUGAGUCACAGGAGAGAUUUACAAAUAGUGUUUUGGCAUCAUGGAACGUGUAGGUUGUACUUUAACGGCAACUUACGCCCACCCUAGACCAACACCAACCAACUUUCUACCAGCCAUCAGUACCAUGGCCUCAAGCUACAGGGACCGCUUUCCCCACUCCAAUUUGACCCAUAGCCUGAGCCUUCCUUGGAGACCCAGCACAUACUACAAAGUCGCCUCCAAUUCCCCAAGCGUGGCCCCGUACUGCGCCAGAUCACAGAGGGUGUCCGAGAAUACCAUGCUUCCCUUUGUUUCCAACAGAACCACUUUCUUCACAAGAUACACACCGGAUGACUGGUACAGGUCCAAUUUAACAAACUAUCAAGAGUCCAACACUUUCCGACAUAAUUCGGAGAAACUAAGAGUGGAUACAUCUCGCCUGAUUCAAGACAAAUAUCAACAAACAAGAAAAACUCACGCAGACACAACCCAAAAUCUGGGAGAACGUGUCAAUGACAUAGGGUUUUGGAAAUCUGAAAUCAUUCAUGAGUUGGAUGAAAUGAUUGGAGAGACAAAUGCACUUACUGAUGUGAAGAAAAGACUGGAGCGGGCUUUGAUGGAGACUGAAGCCCCUCUUCAGGUAGCCCGAGAAUGUCUAUUUCAUCGAGAAAAGAGAAUGGGAAUCGACCUAGUUCACGAUGAAGUUGAAGCACAACUGCUGACGGAAGUUGAUACUAUUCUGUGUUGUCAAGAAAGAAUGAAGCUACAUUUGGAUAAGGCUAUUGCCCAACUUGCAGCCGACAGAGCGUCCCAGCAUGAGCUGGAAAAGGACCUGAGUGACAAACAGACGGCUUACCGUAUCGACGACAAAUGCCACCACCUGCGCAACACAUCAGACGGUGUCAGCUACUUCCGCGGAGUGGAGAGGGUCGAUGCAACUGUCUCAGUGCCCGAGUCCUGGGCCAAAUUUACAGAUGACAAUAUUCUCCGCUCCCAGAGUGAACGGGCAGCUUCCGCUAAGCUAAGAGACGACAUUGAAAACCUCUUGGUUGUGACUGCCAAUGAGAUGUGGAAUCAAUUCAACAAAGUGAACUUGUCUUUCACCAAUCGCAUUGCUGAGACUGCAGAUGCUAAGAAUAAGAUUCAGACGCACUUAGCAAAGACCCUGCAGGAGAUUUUCCAGACUGAAAUGACCAUAGAAUCCAUCAAGAAGGCCAUCAAGGACAAGACUGCCUUCCUGAAGGUGGCUCAGACCAGACUGGAUGAGCGCACAAGACGGCCGAACAUUGAGUUGUGCCGAGACACGGCUCAGCUACGGAGCGGCUGUGGAUGCAGCCCUGGGCAAGGACAGCAGAUGUUGCAAGCAGACAAUCAGAAGACCCUGAGUGCCGUAAAAGGCUUGGUCCUUUUGGAAGUCACAACACUGGGCAGCUGAUGGUUUCCGGGUUAAGGGAGGGACUUCCGGAAGAAGUGUUAAUUCACCUAGGAUUUGAGGAUGGGAUAAAUUAGCGGGAUGAAGAAUGGGUUAGGAGCAUUCUGAGCUUAGGGGACAGCAAGAGUGAAGCCCUCGAGGUCUGAGAAAUUGCAAGCAUAUUCCAGGAUGUGUCUGCAGAUGAUGAGUUAGGUCUUCCUGGGUCUCUGCUUCUACUCUUCUGUCUCAAGGAGCUGAGAGGGGAAUGGGGCCAGGAAAUGGGACCCAGUUUCUUAUUAUGGCCACUGAAGCGCUGUAUUUCCUUCUUAGCUUCCUGGAUAAGCAGGUACAGCUUACAAACACAUGUGGGCCCUGUGUCGAUGGAGAGGACAGCUUAUGAACCCCUGGGCUCUAUUUCCUAGUCUGUAAAACAAGGAAGUUGGGCUUGGUGACCUCUCUAAAUUCGUUUUCCAGUUGUGAAUUUCUGUGAAACUAUAGAAUUGCCUUGGCAUAAUGAUUUUAAAAUGGUCUAGAUAUUUUUCUAUAAUUAUGAAAUCCUUUUCUAUCUCCUGGGACAUCUAUAUUCCCAUUGGUUCAUUGUCACCAUUCUCUUUAUAUUUCUUUAUAUUUUAUUAAUUUCACGCACCUCUCAUUUGCUGAUAAGUAUAUCCUAAAGUAAAGAAAAUGUGAGCUUUGCAUCGCUGGUUACAAUGUGAUGUACUUGGAGUUGCGUAAGCUACAUGCUGACCUAACCAUGCUGAUUCCUUUAUGCUGUAGCCUUGUUAACGAGGUACACGAGGUUGACGACACCAUCCAGACCCUGCAGCAGCGCCUGAGGGAUGCAGAGGACACCCUGCAGUCGCUGGUCCACACCAAAGCCACCCUCGAGUAUGACCUGGCUGUCAAAGCCAAUUCCCUGU